AAUAAACCUGACAGAAGUGAAGGAAAUGGCGAGAGUGAAGCUAGACUGAGAGCAAGAGAGGAGUUGUUACGAGUUGCUGCCAAUUGUUAUUUACAAUCAAAGUUCUUCUGACGAUCGCGUCGCCGCAGACGAGAACGGAGAACUUGAAGUGGACUUUUGAGUUCUUCCAGCAAAACUUUAUUUUUAAUUACUUUUAUUUUUCCUUGGGAGAAGUCACGCUGCUUUUUUUUCCAAGAAUGUUUCUUCGCCUUCUCCUGGUUUGUGCUACGUUGUCCUGUUGCUCAGCUUCAGCUUUAAUGUAAUAUUAAAGCUAUUGUGUUUUGCAGAUCAAUCUUCAGAGGAUAAAAUGAAGAAGAUAACCACCUCGGUUGGCACUUCAGUGGAUCUGCCCUGCACUUUUACCACCAAAUCUAAGCCACCUACGACAGUGGAGUGGUCGAAAGACGGUGCCAUUGCAAUAGUGUUCCGUCACAAUAUGGAGCUCCAUGAUGAAAAGCAUUCUCACUUUGAGGGUAGGACAAGUUUUGACAUCAAGGACGGGAAGCCCAAAACCUUUUCACUGAGGCUCUGCAGUGUGCAGCACUCUGAUGCUGGAGUGUACAACUGCAAGGGUCUUUGGGGAGAGGAUCAUAAAGAAAUCCAAGAAGUGGAACUUUUAGUUGAUGCUGUGAACGCAAUAGGAUUCACUUUUGUUGAAGGGGAGAGGAAAGAGGUGAUUCUGGAGUGUGAGGCCCUAAGCUUGGGGCUAAAGCACAACAUCAUCUUCUUGGACGAUAAGAACAAUGUGAUGAAGGCUGAGGAGCAGCGUCGGAGUCUGCAGGGUGGAGUAUAUCACACUGUGACGCGCAGGACGACUCUCCAGCCUGAGAAUAAAAGCCUCAGGGUCACCUGCAGAGUUCAGCAGCCAGAGAGCGACACGUACACGGAUAAAGAAGUCUUCAUACCAGCUUCCUGUCUGACCCAAUGCUCUGACACCAUUUGUGUUGUUGUGGGGGUCAUAGCCAUCAUCAUCAUCAUCCCGGUGAUCUGUGCCAUAUUAUGGGGCAGACCAGGUCGUUCUUGUCUUAACCCAGAAGCACUAAAACAGCAGACUGCUGACACCUCCUCCUCCUCACCUGAUCCCCAGUGUGAGAUCAAUCAGCUGAAGGAACAAGUCUCCUCACUCACGGCUCAGCUCGAAACCAAGCAAAAACAACUGGAGCAGGCUGAGGAGGAACAUAGAAAGAAGAUCACUGAACUGGAAGCACAGCGUCAGGACAACUGUAACACACUUCCAGUCAUUAUUCCUCAGCAUGACAAGCCGAUUAGUGUAGCCCACAGCAGUUCUCCAAAGUCCAGUUCCAACAAUUUUCCAAAACCUGUAGGAAAGCCUCCAACAGUCAGGAGAAGCCAGAGAAGCCAGAGCAUUUCAUCCCAGGGAUCAAUCCAAACCAAGCCUAAGGAUCACAAGAGCUCCCAAGAAGUUUUAGCUUCUUCACGUCCGUGUGGAAAUGCAGAUCCAAAACCAACUGGAGUUGUCCGUUCCAAGAGCUUCAGCAACUUUACCCAUAUCAGACCCUCGCUGAUCCUGACUGCCAAUCGCUUCGAUGUCCUGGCGGAGCAGGAUGAGGGGAAGCCCCUGUUGCCUCUCACCUAAACUUUUAAUUAUUUCUCCAGUGUGGAAUUCACAGAUUUCAAUCUAAUCUAAGCUAAACCGUUUUGUCCCAUAGCCACUAGGGGGCAUUAAAAUAUUAGCACUUUAUUUGAAACAUUCACUUUGGUCAAGCUGUGGGGCAAAAAAAAAAAAAAAAAAAUACUAAUACUCUUCAAAAUACUAAA